AUGUCACACAACUCCCUCGUGGCGGAACCUGAUUCAGUUGCUGAUCAGCCAGAACUUUCAGCUUCAUCAACUUUAAACGCAGACCUCCCACGUUUUCCUGGCACGCUGAAUGUGAAUGCGUUAGCUGAAGAACAGGUAUUCAAGAUCCAGCCUGACUCUGCCUUCAAGGAGGAUGUAGUUCACAAGCUCAACAAAAUAUGUUAUGAUAAUGAGUUGGAAAUUUUGACCCCAGUUCUUAGAUCUAAUGACACGUUCCAAGACAGCUCUGUGAUGCCCGUUCCAGGCAGUGCGCCGAACGAUGGAAAUCAGGAGUUUGAUUUUAGGCAGAAAUCUCUUCAAAGAUCCCUUCCAGAAACAGUAUUAAAGGAACUCAACAAUAUUACGGAACCAAAGGAGGGUAUAGAGAAAAACUUUGAUAAAGAGUCCUCACAAGUGGGUACUUCCGAUCACUCUUCGAAUUCUACUGGGGCCGACUUUGCAGAAGUUCACAACGACCCUUCCUCUAAAUCUUCCUUCCAAUCACGUGCAUUACAGGCUUCACCCACAAAUACAAAUGUGCAGGAAACCAUGAUUCAUUCUACGCCAGUAUAUUCACCACACCAUACCUCAAAAACACUCUCACCCACUAAACAGAGGGUAACUUCAAGUUCUCGGCCUCCUAGUAGAAAGCACAAAGUGAAAGGGGUCCUAAGUAGCUUCGUGAGCUCAAUCAAGGGUGAAAAUUAUUUGGGAUCUCAAUCUAGGAGUUUGAACUUGAACGGGGUAAUUCAACAUUCAACUGAUUCUCCUUCUUUGAGCAUUUCCACACCUUAUGGUUACAAGCAUGUGCAAUCUGUAAAGUAUGAUAAUUCCACUGGAUCAUUUCAAGGACUUCCAGAAUCCUGGCAACGCGUCCUAAGCGAUAGUGGGAUCUCAAAGACGGAGCAGCAGUCUAACCCUCAGGCAGUAAUGGAUAUCGUUAACUUUUACAAGAAUAACAUGAACACUGAAGAGGAUCGUUUCAUGCAGUUUAACAUUGACCAAGCCUCCAAACACAGUUUAGAUUCGACUCAUUCUACUUCCAACGAAGAAAUUUCUGAUAAUUAUGAAGCUUUGGGAAUCCAAGAGACUAGCUUGAAAAGGCUGUCGACUCCCGUUCUAUCCCAUAAGGGAAAAUUUAGUUCUAGUUUCGAGUUGGCGUCUCCUGCUCAGAUAUAUCCUCCUCCAGAAGAUUCGACUUUCAUUCCUUCUCGUCCUCCUCCGAAGCCGCCGUCUUCCAAAACCCCCAUUACAAAAUCUGCAUCAACGUUCGCAACUUCAGGGUCUCCUAGACUGGGUCUACACUACAAUGGCGUGCCAAAUGUACAUCCUUCUCCAAGUUCAUUUAUUAGCUCUUUAUCGCGUAAGAUCUCAACCAAGUCUACAAAAUCAUCCUCUUCCUCACCAAGAAAUGUUGUCAUUGGAUCUCCUUUGGUUCCUAAGGGGCAGUCUCAGUUCACACAACAAAAUCUGCAGCCGCAACAGCAGCUGGAACACGAACAAUCAAACCAGCAGCAACAGCAAGAACAGCCACUAUCCAACACUCGUAUAAUGAGGCCGAACAGACCGGCUCCACCCCCUCCAGUUGUUAGAUUGUCACCCAGAACAGAAAAAGUACCUCCAACCCCGUUGGGUGCGAAUUCGGGCAAGCAAAGGAGCUCAAAGGAAGUUAAACAACGCAGUGAACGAAAACAGGAAGAAAAGAAAUGUAGAGACAAAUUGAUACUCAAUAAGUUGAAUAGCAUCUGCUCUGCAGGUGACCCUACUGCUAAGUACGAAAACUUUGUCAAAGUUGGGAAAGGAGCUUCCGGUGAUGUUUAUACUGCGAAUGAAAUAGGAACACGGUCUUGCGUGGCUAUAAAAAGGAUGUACUUACAAAAGCAGCCCAAGAAAGAACUAAUAAUAAACGAAAUCUUGGUAAUGAAAGGAUCCAAACACAAGAAUAUUGUGAACUUUAUUAAUUCCUAUGUUCAGGACAACAACCUGUGGGUUGUGAUGGAGUAUAUGGAAGGUGGAUCCCUGACGGACAUUGUCACGCAUAGUGUUAUGUCUGAAGGGCAGAUCGGUGCCGUUUGUAAAGAGACGUUAGAAGGUUUGUUGUUCCUGCAUUCUAAAGGCAUCAUUCAUCGCGAUAUCAAGUCUGAUAACAUUUUACUUUCACUAAGUGGAGAAAUUAAGAUCACAGAUUUUGGGUUUUGCGCGCAGAUCAAGGAAUACAACUUAAAGCGUACAACAAUGGUAGGUACUCCUUAUUGGAUGGCUCCAGAGGUUGUGUCCAGAAAAGAAUAUGGACCUAAAGUCGACCUCUGGUCUUUAGGAAUAAUGGUUAUUGAAAUGAUUGAAGGUGAACCUCCUUACUUGAAUGAGACACCUUUGAGGGCUUUGUUUUUAAUAACUACUAACGGAACUCCUAAAUUGGAAGAGCCAGACAUUUUGAGUGGCGGUUUGAAGUCGUUCCUUCAAUCAUGUUUAGAGGUUAAUCCUGAACGACGUGCGGAUGCCAUCCAGUUGCUGCAGCAUCCUUUCAUACUCAAUGCUGACCCUAUAUCCUCGUUGAUUCCUUUAGUGAAUGCUGCUAGAUUGCAGAAAUUGUCAGACGAUGUAUCGGAUAACGGUGAUAUUAAGGGAGAUGCUUUGGGAGACUAG